AACUUCAGCUUCGGUCCUUGACUGCCGCAUCUAUGGGCGUUCCCGGUGCUUUAUUUGGAAAAAAGCUUGUGGAAUUUCGUUUGUUCCUCGAAGAAAGAGAAGAGUGGCAGAACCUUCGUGGUUACAGUCAAACCGAGCUGAUCUCACUGUGAUUAAACGGCAGCAGAAUGAACAGCGGGGCUGUGUACCCCCCUCUCAUGGCCCCCCCAGCCAACAUGUUUGACAAUGUCCCCGGCUAUGAAGGCACCGUGCCAGGAGGAGGAGGGUUCCUGCCCCCUCCCAUGCCCAUGGAGCCUGUAGCCCCACCCCAACCUGGCCCCGAACCUUCUGACUGGAGUAUCCCCGCUCUGGAGGAGAAUGUGGCUCGUGAAGCAUUCAAGAGGUUUGCUUCAUCUCAUUGCUGCUACAGUGAUGCUCCAGCCACUGAGGGAGUCAUCACCUCCAUGGAGCCAUUCAACACAUACAGGUACCGUCUGGAGACAUUCACUGAGUCCAGGUCAACUGAGUGGGCCCAUAAACCAUAUGAAGGUGAGCCCGCUGACUUCUAUACUCAGCCCGCCCCACGGCCGUGGGAGAUCCAGGCCACACCCCCCAAGCUCUUCAACAAUCAUACAGAGAAGAUCCGGGUGCCGUACACAUCCUCCAUCAAGGAAUGCCACACCUGCCAUGCAGCAGGUACCGAGCCAUGCAGUGAGUGCCAUGGAAGUGGACAUAAGUCUUGCUGGGUCUGCAAUGGCGCUGGGGUGAAGGACGGUGUAAACUGCAAUCACUGUAGUGGCACAGGCAAAGACAGGUGCACACGGUGUGAUGGUAGAGGGAGAAAGGAGUGUCAAACCUGUAAAGGAAAACGCCAAUUGCUGACCUACAUCGAGCUCAAAGUGGAGUGGAAAAACAACGUGGAAGACCAUGUGGUGGAGCAGAACCCCAGUCUAAAGAUAGAUGAUCUGUGCUCAGUGACUGGAAAGGAGCUCUUCAAGAACAGCCAGUACCUGGUGUACCCGCUGCUUGGGUUUCCAAACCCAGCGGUCUCUCAGGCCUCUGAGCGUCUGGUGAGAGAACAUCAAACCAACUACGCCCAAAACUCCAGGAUUCUGCAGCAGAGGCAGACGGUCGAGUUGAUCCCCGUCACUAAGGUGAACUACAAGUGGAAAAGCAACGCCCACGUCUACUGUGUGUACGGCAACGAGCAGAAAGUCCGUGCCGACGACUAUCCGGCGACCUGCUGCUGCGUCAUCCUGUAGACUCACUGUUCUUUUUUUUUUUAUUUCUCCAAAUCAGGUGGUUGAGUUUCAGGAAUCUUUGUGAUAUAUCAUUUUAUAAUCCUCAAUUUAUAAUCCUAUAUCCUUAUUUCAUAAGUACUCAGACAGUAGAAUUUUUACAUUAAAAUUAUGCAUUCUUUUAAAUAUGGAAUUAAGAAUAUAAUCUGUGCUUAACACAAUAAUUAGUAUGUCUGACCUCAACCUUAAACCAUAAAAUAUCGUGAAAUAUUUCCACUAGAAUAAAAUCUGAUUAAAGGUAAACUAAAGGGCAGCACCGUGGCGUCGUGGUUAGCAUGUUGCCUCACAGCUCAAAGGUCUGAGUUUGAAUCCACUUUGACCCGAGCUUUUCUGUGUGGAGUUUGCAUGUUCUCCCAGUGUUUGUACUCUGGUUUCCUUCCAAAGACAUGCAGUUACUGGGGUUAGGUUAAUUGGUGAUUUUAAAUUACCCAUAGGUGUGAAUGGUUGUCUGUCUCUCUAGGUUAGCCCUGCGACAGGCUGGUGACCUGUACAGGGUGCACCCUGUCUCUUGCCCUAUGACAGCUGGGAUAGGCUCCAAUGGAGCAGGUUAUAUUUCAACAGAGAGGGUUAAGUAAAAAUGAACUCAAAGAUCUGGACAGUCAGUUAAACAAAUUGCUGAGCUGCUUUUCCAUUUGUUUUUCUGACAGUCUGCCCCGUAUUUAAAGGCAUGCUGGACAGAAGGAAGGAAGGAAGGAAAAGGGAUCAGUGGUUACGCCUUGAAGAGAGUUGAUGGCAGAAUUAGACUGCAGAUUAGAAGCACUCGAUUUUAUGGUUGUGGGUGGCGGAAAAUUAUGCAGAUACUGAAGACAUUUUAUCUCGAGGGCAGGAGGAAUAUAGCUUGACGCGGUCAUCACCUUAGCAGAGAGUAUGGGGCCUGCACCACGCCGUGCCAGUCCAUCCAUCAGUGCACUACUGAACCCUCCCUGGACUCAUGAACAAGACUCAGAGAUACUUGAAGCCUCCACCAUGAGUGGACCAUGCACUCAUUAUUUUUAGGGAGGUGCUUUUCACUUAUCAGCAGCAACCCUUUGAAAUUAGAAACAUUUAGAAAAUGAAAGAUUUAGAAUAAAACUCAAUGGGGGAAAAAAAAUGUGUAAAACCCAUGUAGACCUUUUUAUUUCUGUAAUAGUAAUAGCAAUAAAAAGGUUUGGAGCAGGGUUGCCACUUCUGAAAUUUUAAUGAGCUGUUUGGCCAGUGAAAUAGUUUCAUACAAUAUAAGAAUGGAAGGAUGCGUUAUUAUUUCUUAAACAGGUUUGUCUCCAUUUUGUUCAGUCAAAGGAACAACGCUGCCAUCAGAAACAAAAACAUUUUAAUCUCCUUUAAAAACACUGCCACUCCCACAAAAUCUUUUUCAGCAGUUUGGUUCAAAUGAUUGAGGAAACUAUCACCACAUAAUUUGAGCUCAGACUCUGUUCAGGCUUGACUGCAAAGCUUUUAAUGUUGAACUGGUUUUGCUGUAAAUAAACACACACGGUGCACACAGACCUUUUAAAGCUAUUAUACAGCCGGGCAUGCAAUCCGUUAUUAUUGGAAUUUGAUGCUAUUGGAGACCUGUGAUAGACAGGCGACCUGUCCAGGGUGUAACCUGCCUCUUGCAAGACAGCGGGCAGCAGCUCUUGUCAUCUUGCAAAAGGUAAGAUGCACCUUGCCUCCCGUGAAGCUGAAUUUUAUAAGCGGUGAGGAUGAUGGAUGGAUGUCCUGUGCACAGUUUUAUAGAUGUUCUCAUGGGGUUUUGAAUUAUUGCAGAAAAUAUCAUCUAUCUGAAAUAAAAGUUUAUGAUACUUAAAGUCUGUCAGUGGCCUUAAAGUCUUUUUUUACCACUUAAAAAAGAUAUUGAGGCAAGGGAACCAGUGUAAAAUGCACUCAUUGACUGAUUUUAGGACUAUUAAAAAAAAAAAAAAAAAAAAAAAAAUCGCUUUGUGCUACAGUUCUGCAAGUGGUGCUGCAGAUCCAGCUUUACCGAUGCAGUCAUGAGAUGCACAGAUAGAAUAAUGAGGCCCCCUUGUGGCAGAUUUUUAACAGAAAAAAAAAAGCUGUUUCAGACCUCUGCUUCCCAGACAUAAAUUAAUAAAGGGGCUCCAGCCUUAAACCUGCAUUCUUCCCCAUGGCCAGCAGGGGGAAGCCUUUCUGGUUGCAAGAAGUCCGACUAUGUUGAAGUCUAAGAAAAUAGCCAGUAUAUAGCAGGGCAUAGCUUAAGGCAGGCAAACCUUGUGAUUGACAAGUCACUGUGAGUGUGACGUGUCCCCCCCCCCCCCCCCCCUCUCAGGUUUUAAAACACCAAAUAGCAGUGGUGAAAAUCCUCAGCUUGAAGUUUUGAGGCUUCAUAUUGGCACUUAAAUAUUCAAUGCUAUAUCCACUUUUAUAGAGUUUAUGAAGAAAAA